AUGUCGAUAAUUGAGACGCUGGAUCAUGUGCAACAAGGAAUGAAUGUACACACGAGUACAUCGCGUUCUAUCCUCUUGCAUAUUUGUCAGCGAUUAACUCGAUUAGAAGCGAAUGUAAGCAAAGUAUGCGACGAUGUUUUACAGCUGCGUCAAAUCGCAAGCGAAGGGUCCAACCCUGUGGGUACUGAAGUUUCAGCCAACGUCAUUUCCAUGUCAACUAAGCUCAGAGAGCACGAAAAUGUGAUGGAGAUUUUUAAAAAGGAUAUGCGCGCACAUCAAAAUCAUCUGUCGAUUCUUUCAACGAAAGUCGAGAAAGGAACAGAACACAUUGACAUUGUUGAUACGAAAGUGGAAGAUCAUCGUCAAGACGUGAUCAAUCGAUUCGUCGAGCUGACACAAAACUUACGCGAGUUACCAAUGCAACUAACUACGCUGCAGACGAUUGUUCCGACUUCUGUGAACGAGAAGUUUACAUUUCAGACCAAUGACGAUAAAUUAUCACUGCAAACACACUUGCAACGUCUUGAAACGCACUGUUCCAAAGGGUACACCGAUUUGCAACCGUUUACGAUUCCAGAUGAUAUGAAAGUGAAGGUUGAGGCGCGAAUUCGUCAACAAGCGACUAGUAAGCGUCAAGCCGAUGCUCAAGCCGCGGCCGAACUAUCAGAUGCUUAUCGACGACUGCAGCUUGCAGCUGUAAAUAGCAACAACCCGCGACUCAGUCAACUUUAUUUGAGUCUGGAUCAAUGUCAGCACGAUGUAAAACAAGCAUUUCAGCUGAUUCGCUCGUCAAACUUACAGCUUCAUUCGUAUUGUGAGUCAAAAGCUGAGAGAUCAGAUGUGAUCGUAUUUCAAAGCGAGCUCAAACAGUUGCGUAAUCGCAUUCGAAAGGUUGAGAAUGCAUCGCUAGGGAUUCGACCUAAAUCUCAAAUUCUUAGUGAAUCUACGAAUAGCGCAAUUGACGAACUCAAAGUAGGCAAUGGGGCUUUGUCCUGUAAGAAAGGACCUUCCCAGCUUACGAUCUCUCAGGUCCCAGUCUUGCGUGUUUCAUUGUUGGAGCUUUCGAGAAACUUUAAUCUUCUACAGCAUCGCUGGAAAAAGCACAAGCGACUUCAUCCAAAUUCUGGUACAAGUAUUAAUCCAUUGGCACAGAAGCAUCUUGAAAAAGUAGUAGCCAUCAUAAACGACGCUUACGCUAGUCUGGCGCAGGAGCCGGUGGAUUUAAUUAAUGCUGAAAUUCAUGUUGACAAGGUGAGUCGCGUCCUAAGCUCAGACUAUUCCAUGCAGACGUUGGCAUUAUUAGGAAGACAUAGUGACGAGUUUGAAAGCUGCCGAUUUCCUCUUAUAACCGGACGAGCUGCUGCGGGAGAAAUGGCUGCUGCACUUUGCAAAUACGCGGAAGCUUUUACUGCUAUGUUUUUCCGACACGAGGCCGAUCAAAAAGUGGUUACAAGUGCACUUAAUGAGUGGACAUCUGAAAAGCAAACGCUUGAAAAUAUAAACCGACAGGUAAGUGCACUUGCUCGCCGUCAACAAAUUUUGGAAAGUGCCUUAGACAAGCUUGUUGCUGAUGGCAAGAAAAGAAGUGAGAACAUGGAGGCGGAAUGUCUCAGUGAAAACCAAAGUCUGCCCACGCGUUUGAUGAACGAUGAGAUGCAGCACUUAAAAGCACAACUUGAUGCUAUGAACAACCACUUUGUCACUGAGGUUGAGGUUUUAGAAAUUAUCAGAACCUACCACGACGAGCAGCAGAGUAAAUUAACAGGAAUCGAUCGGGUCAACAUCAAACAUCGCAAACAUAUCAAUGAGGGGAGUACGCCCUCUUUAUCGCUAGACUCUUCAUCAUCAGCUCCACUGUUACGCCCAUAUACAGUGGAUAAUGACUCGUCAGCACACCAAAAAUUUGCAGGCUUUACGUUUAAAGGCCAUGAGGAUAGACCAAGAGCUCAGACUAAGCUUGAUCCACUUCAAGGCGUUAAGAUGCGUGGCUCUACGCGAAGGUUUCGUGAAAAGGGUCUUGAAACAAUCACAAGCAGACUUCCAACACAAGCACAGAUGCUUUGUCCGACGACAAAGCACACAAAUUCAGACGACUGA